AUGCUCUCCACAAACAUGUCCACUGUAGUCAACCGACCCCCUAAGGCAGUCCGCACCGGUAUCAUUGUCGCCCCCUAUACAGUACCGCCACCGAGCGAGGCUGUUGCGGUUGCCAUCCCCUUCUUCAGCUGCAUGUAUAACAGCGCAAUGCCGCCACAGUGUGGCACACAGCAGUGCGCCAAAGAUGGCAACGAUCCCAUGGUGGUGGACGAGAUUGUGGUCUCGUGCUUGUGCAACCCGAACCGCAGCCUCAAUGCGCUGGCAACCAGAACGGAGUGCCAAACACCUCAUGGCCCGCCCGUGAGUCUCUACCCGGACAUUCCCGACAUUGCCCAGUGGCGCAUCGCAACGACCAACCUCACCACUUGUGCCUUCUCCUCGGUGCCGUGUGCCAAAAACGUGUGCAACAUGCAGCUGUCGCACCCCAUCCAGGGAGACAUGGGCAUCUUCGAAAAGCUCGGGGCUGCCAGCGAAAUAACCAACCCGUACUCCUUGUAUCACUGUACCGCCGACUACGACACUGCGUUUGCGAUCUACAACGGCCAGUACAAUUUUACAGCCUGCAUGCCCGACGAGAUCAUGAAGUGUCUGCCCCCCGGAUCGUUCGUCCCAAACGCAACCUGCGAGGCAGCAGCAUCCACAGGCACCCAGGCUGCCACAGCGGCCCAGGCCGCCCAGGCCGCCGCAUCGUCCGACGCCGUCGCACCACUUGUGUCGCUGUUGGCCGUGCUACUGGUUCUUGUCAGUGCUCUUGGCCUUGGCCUUGGCGUGUAG